GCAGGCUGCAGCCAUCUCUAUCGCGAUGGCCGCGUCCCGCCCCAUGUUCGCUAUGCUGUGCGCGAACAAUGUCAACCGCAGCACAGAGGCCCAUGACCACCUUCAUGCGGCGGGGCUUCGCGUGUGUUCCUUCGGCGCCGGCAACCGCGUGCGCUUCCCUGGCCCGUCGCGGGACGACCCGCGCAUCUACGAGUUCUUCACGCCCUACGAGACCAUGUACCGAGAGCUCAAGGCCGAGAACGCCGAGCUCUUCAAGCGCAACGGCGUGCUGUCCAUGCUGGAGCGAGACAUGCUGACCAAGAAGUGCCCGCAGCGGUGGCAGGACCUGAGCGUCAAGGAGCUGCAGGGUCUGGACGUGGUGCUGUGCUUCGACGACCGCAUCUUCGAGAUCGUGCUGGAGGACCUGCAGCUGCGAGGCGCGGCUGGAGGCCCAGGAGGACCUGGCAACGAGCCCACGACGGCCUGGAGGCCGCUGCAUCUGCUGUGCCUCGACACGAAGGACACGCCCGAGCACGCUAAAGUGGGCGGCUCAUUGGCGCUCGAACUGUGCCAAGCG